AUGAAGAUGUGGGGUAUCCUGACCUUGGCCUUCCUGCUGACCAUUACCAAUUGCCAUGGCUACUCUGAUCUUCUUGCCAAGUGCUUCCAGGAUCCUGAGUAUGAAGCCAUUCUGAAAAUUGCUCAGGAGGGGCUUGGAAACUCUGCCAUUCGAAAACAUAUUGUGGUGGUGGGAGCUGGGAUGUCUGGGUUGAUAGCAGCCAAGACCCUGCAAGAUGCUGGACACNAGGUGACAGUUUUGGAAACCAGAGACAAAAUUGGGGGAAGAGUGGCAACAUUUCGGAGCCCAGAGCGGAACUGGUACAUUGAAUUGGGUGCUAUGAGGUUACCAGCUACCCACAGGCUGGUCCGACUCUAUGUGAAGAAGAUGGGUCUGAAAAUGAACACCUUUAUCCAGUCUAGUAACAAUACCUGGUAUUACAUCAAUGGGCGCCGGCAUAGGACCUCAGAUGUGCGGGCCAACCCCAACAUUCUGGGCUACCCUGUGAGCCCUAAGGAGUCAGGCAAGAUGCCCGAUGAACUCUUCCAAGAGGCAAUUUCUAAGGUGGUACAAGAGCUGAAUCACACCAACUGUAGCCAUAUACUAUCUAAGUAUGACACCUUCUCCACCAAGGCCUACCUGAUAAAGGAGGGGAAACUGAGCAAGGGAGCUGUCCAGAUGAUUGGGGAUAUCAUGAAUGAAGAUGCCGGCUACUACAAAUCUCUGUUGGAGUCCCUGAGGAGUGAUGAAAUCUUCUCUCAUCCAGAUGGCUUUGAUGAAAUCACUGGAGGCUUUGAUCAGCUUCCCAAAGCCCUGUACAACUCCUUGAAGCCUGGCACCGUCCGAUUCCGCUCCACAGUAGAGAAGGUAGAGAGGGACGGAGAUGUGGUCAGGAUUACCUACCGGACAGAAAGACCCUUCUCAGUUCUAGCCACCGUUACAGGUGACUUUGCCAUAAUCUCAUCAACAGCCAAAGCCACACGCCUUAUCAAGUUUGAGCCCCCACUUUCCCUGGCUAAGCAAGAUGCCCUCCGCUCCAUCCACUACACCAGCGCCACCAAGGUGGCCCUGGUCUGCAAGAAGCCCUUCUGGGAACAAGAUAACAUCAAAGGGGGGGCCAGCAUCACAGACUUGCCCACCAGAUUUGUCUACUACCCCAGUCAUGACUUCCCCGGCAACAUAGGCGUCCUUCUGGCCUCCUAUACCGUGGGGGAUGACUCCACCUUUCUUGCUGGCAUGAAACACGAGAAGGUGGUGGACAUGGUGCUGGGUGACUUGGCAACCAUCCACCAGAGACCCAAGAAGGAGCUGCAGCAACUGUGCCAGACAUCCGUGGUAAAACGUUGGACCCUGGACCCAUUCACCCUGGGGGCAUUUGCAGAGACCACCCCUUACCAGUUUGUGGACUAUUCGGGGCCACUCUUCGAGCCCGAGGGCCAAAUUUACUUUGCCGGAGAGCAUACUUGCCAGCCACAUGGCUGGAUUGAUUCAGCCAUCAAAUCUGGGAUCCGGGUGUGCAAGAACAUACAGAACAUCAUCGAUUCUAUGUCUGAAGCUCACAAAGACACUGAUCUUUACCAAGAUAUCGUCGAUGACUAUGAUGAGGAGGAUAGCUACGACGCUGAGAUGGCUCUGAAUGAGGGAUCGUCUUUAUUUCUGGAAAGCAAAGGAAAGUCGCAGAAGGUCUGCUCAUCAAAGAGCAGUCAUUAA